AUGGACGGUCCGGACCAGAUUGGCCCUGAUCAGACGCCCAAGCGGACGAUCAGCGACCAUUUCCGACGCGCGGUGCAGACUUUCACUACGCGUGAGGGUUUGCUAGGAGACUACGAUUAUGGAUACCUUUUCAUUCCACGACUGCCAUUUACCAAGCGAGCCCGCAAAUCUGCACCUUUCUUCGGUCUCGAGGACCGCGUGCCCGUUGUUCUCGCAUUGAUUUUGGGAUUGCAGCAUGCACUGGCGAUGUUGGCUGGUGUGAUUUCACCACCUAUCUUGCUCGGCGGCUCAGCCGGUGUCAACUUCGACGAUGUACUAUACCAAUAUUUGGUCUCAACUUCGUUGAUCGUAUCCGGCGUUCUGAGUGCGGCUCAGAUGUUCCGGCUUCGUAUCUGGGGCACCAAAUACUACAUUGGAACCGGACUGCUCUCGGUUGUUGGUACAUCCUUUUCAACCAUUACAGUCGCACAGGGUGCCUUCUCCCAGAUGUAUCAAUCGGGCUACUGUCCCACCUCUGAGGACGGAACUAGGCUUCCCUGCCCCAGGGGCUACGGUGCUUUGCUUGGCACCUCAUGCCUUUGUGCGCUGCUCGAAAUCGGCAUGUCCUUCAUGAGUAGCAAGAUCCUUGCUCGCGUCUUCCCGACUCUCGUCACCGGCCCCACUGUUCUUCUGAUUGGUGCUUCACUCAUCAAGUCCGCGAUGCAAGAUUGGGCUGGUGGCGCGGGAUGCGGAGCUAAUCCCGCCGCUCGCGCUUUGUGCCCAAGCCCCUCUGCUCCCCACCCUCUGCCCUGGGGAAGCCCUGAGUUCAUUGGGUUGGGUUUCCUUGUCUUCGUCACGAUCAUCAUCUGCGAGCGCUGGGGUCCCCCAAUCCUCAAGAGUUGCUCUGUAAUUGUUGGUCUGCUGGUUGGCUCAAUCGUUGCCGCGGCAUGCAACUACUUCGAUGAUUCUGGUAUCGCCGUUGCACCGGUGGCUUCUUUCGCCUGGGUCCACACGUUCCCUCUGACGAUCUAUCCGCCUCUGAUUUUGCCGUUGCUUGCGCUGUACAUCGUUAUCAUGAUGGAGUCCAUUGGUGAUAUCACGGCAACAUGCGACGUCUCCCGACUCGCGGUUGAGGGUCCUACCUUCGAUUCUCGGAUUCAAGGCGGUGUCCUGGGUAGCGGUCUCACCUGUCUCAUGGCAGGCUUGAUGACUAUCAGCCCGAUGUCCGUCUUCGCCCAGAACAACGGUGUCAUUGCGCUUACCAAAUGCGCUAAUCGUACCGCUGGCUACUGUUGCUGCUUGUUCCUGAUUAUCAUGGGAAUCUUCUCCAAGUUUGCCGCUGCGCUGGUUUCAAUCCCCAGCCCCGUCCUAGGAGGCAUGACCGCUUUCCUCUUCAGUUCCGUGGCAGUUAGUGGUCUGCGUAUCAUCGUCUCUAUCGAUUUCACUCGCCGCAACCGGUUCAUUCUCACAGCUAGUUUCGCCAUUGGAAUGGGCGUCACUCUCGUUCCCGACUGGUUCGGUUACUUCUUCUCCUACAAGGGUGACAACCAUGCCCUCGAAGGUCUGCUCAAUGCUGUUAACUUGAUCAUGGAGAACGGAUUCGCUAUCUGUGCGCUUCUUGGCAUCUUCCUUAACCUCUUCAUUCCCGACGAGCCCGAGGAAAUUCCUGCUAUCUUUGAGUCAAAUGAGUCGGAUGACGACCGCGUGCAGAUUGGUGCCCAUGAUCAGUCGACUGCUAAGAUGGAUCAGCCGGCUGCUCCAAGUGUUUGA